AUGGACAAGCAUCAGACCCCUGAUCUCCUUUCAAGCCAACCUCUCAGAUUGUUAGCUAACCAUGUUCAUGACCUUCGGAGACUGUGAUUUGCAGAGCAUGAGCAAAAUAAAAGAUUGAAAGCUGCUUUGCUUGAGGCAAAAGAAAUUUUAAUGAAUGAAGCAAAAGAAAACUCUGUAAAUGAGUUAAUAUCUCACAUAGAAAAAGAAAUUAAAAACCCUAAGUCGCUAAAUACAUCAUUUCAAACAUGCACUGAAGCAAGUUUUUCAUUUAAUCGCAAAUCCCCAAUGCUUUGCUAUACUCUUAAUAGCUUAAAAAAAUCGCGACUUUCUUCCUCGUUCCAUAGAAUACUAUGUGAAAGUAAAGUGAAAAAAGUAAAAGACCAUGCUAUUUCUUUAUUAAGUGAAGUUUAUUCAAGAAUGAAAGCAAAAAAACUAUCUUCAUUUUUGAAAGGCGCUUAUAAAUCAAGAAUUCAGCACUCAUUCAUUAAAAUUCAAUACACUCUUUGGCCUAAUAAAGAUCCUUUAAUUACAGAAGAAAAGCCUAAAGAUUAUAAAAUACACGAAAAAGCAUUCUCAGAUGCAUCAGCUAAAUUAUCAUCGUUUUUAGAGAAACAUGAAAAAAAUUAUUAUAACUACUCCUUGGAAAGAAUCAAAGAAAAAUGGGAAACAAGACUUGUUAUUGAAGAAGGAAUUGAUAUCUUGGUACCAAUAGUUACAAGAAUUUCUAAACCUAUAAAGAACCUCGUCUUUAAUUCUAUCAAAAACUCAAUGCCAAUUAUUGCGCCAUCUAAAAUAGACGAAAAUAGCAGCAAUCUACUAUGCUCCGAAGAUUUGGCUUUAACUUUACCAUCUAAAUCUAGCACACCAUUUGAAGCAAUAAAAGACUCUUCAAAUAAAGAAAACGAAAAUUUUCUUUUAUCACAAAAUUUCAGAAAAAAAGGUUUGAAGAGAGUCAAUAUCAAUAUACCCCAGCUUGCUGCAACCCAUUGCUUAUAUAAUAAUUAA